AUGAGUAAUCCCGCCUCGAACUCGCAAACCCCGCCGAUCGCCGCUUCCUCGUCUACGACCGCGAACAACUCCUCUACAGGAUCGUCCGCCACCGUGGCCGCCGGUUCGGCUCAACCCACUGCCCGCAGCUCCUACGCCAACGCGACCAAGCCCACGAUCGUGUCUAGCGCAGCGCCGCCCGUGGCAGUGGGAGGUCCACAGAGCGCGCAGCAUGGAAAGAGCUCCUCUGUAUCCCCGGUGAAUGGCAACGGUGCCAUCAAGCCUGCUAUUCCCGCUAUGCCCACCAUCGUGAGUGGCGGCCCUAACGGCAGCGCCCACGAGCGCAAGUCGUCCGUCCAGAUCAAGCAGACCCCGCCUGUUGCGACUGCAGGUGGCCCGCCCUCUGGCAUUAAGUUCGGCUCGCUCGCUGGCUCACCAGCGCCUGCCCACGCCUCGCCUGUAGUCCAGGGAAGCCUGAACCCGGCGCAGGUGCAGAACCCGCGCGUUGCCUCGCCUGCUCACUCACCUUCACCCAUUCCCACGCCCAUCUCCGGAGGCCCCAAGCCUGACGGACUGCCGACUCGACCAAACUUGGUCUUCGGUGGCCAGGGCGGUGAAAGCACUGAGCCUAACGCGCGCCCUGCUAUGCCCCCUCAACCCAACUCCCACUCCCUCCCGCAAGCCCAACACUUGCGUCGCGAGUCUUCUCAGUCCGCGCACAGCGACAUGAGCAACGCAAACAUGGGCCGCGGAGGCUCAUUUGCCAACCGAGGCGGUCGCGGUGGAUACACCCAGGGCCACUUCAAUCCGCAGAUGGCAAACUACUCGCCACAGCCACACCGCGCCAUGCCUCAGAUGGGUCGCGGUGGUCAAGCCCCGCCGUUCCACCCUCAGGGUCAGAUGCCGCAGCGCUCUCCCUACACUCAGAACCGUAGCCCCGCUAUUACCCCCGCUACGAUGCACCAGCAGCAGCAUCUUGCCAACCCUGGUAUGCCAUUCUACCCGGGGCAGCAGUAUCCUCCACAGGCUAUGUACGGCGGCAUGCCUCAACCAGGCUUAGAUCCCUACAACAACUUCUACCCGCAGAACUACGGACUACAGCAGUCGAUCCACUACCCAGGUGUCCCUGCUAGCCCUGGCCGUGGCUACCCUCCCCAGAUGCAGUCACCCUACGGAGUUGCUCCCUACGGUCAUCAGCCACAGGCCCAGAGCAUGUCACGCACUCCUUCCAACAUGUCGGAGCGGCCAUCAUCUGCUGUUCCUCAGCCUUCCACACCGGCCAUGACUAACGUCAACCAUAUCUCGCACACGCACACCCCGAGCAUGACGUCAGCAAGCCCAGCGCCCAGCUCCACCUUCGAGCGCCCGAAGCGGGCAAGCAAGGCUAUCACUAUCAAGACUGUUGAUGGUGAAGUUGUCGACUUCAAGCCCAAGGGUGCUUCACCUGCACCGCCUGCUGUCGCAUCCUCUGUACCUGCAGCUCCUCGGUCUCCCGCUAUUGCUGCUACACCAACCCCGCCGCGCGCGCCAAGCGCCACCGACGCUACGAAGGCUGAUGGCGAAUCUAAGAAGGCUGAGUUUGUCAAGCAAUUCCAGGAGAAGCUCCGUCUCCAAGAAGAGGCCGAGAAGAAGGCAAGGGAAGCUACUGAGGAAGAGGCCAAGGCCGAAGCCAACGCAAAGCUUGCUGCUAAGGAAGAGGCAGACGCUAAAGCUGCUGCUGAAGCCAAGGAGAAGGAGGAUGCUGAAGCUGCCAAGAAGGCUGAGACUGACGCGGCCGAGAAGAAGCGCCUCGAAGAUGAAGAGAUGGAGCGCAUGAUUGCUGAGAUGGAGGAGGAAGAGAAGAAGCGCGAAGAGGAUGAGAAGCGUUACGCGGAAGAGAAGAAGAAGAAGGCCGAGGCUGAGAAGGCCAACGCUGCUGAGAAGGUCAAGCAGGAAGAGGAGCGUCUGCGCAAGCUGGAGCGGGAAGCCGAAGAGGCUGAAGCUGCUCGCGCAGCAGAGACUCCCGAGCAAAAGGCCGAACGCGAGGCCAAGGACAAGGCUCUCUUCGCAGGCCUGAAGAAGAACACCAUGUUUGGUCCUGGUGCUUCUCAGACCGAGGAGGCAAACCCAGUCGAGGCUACUGCUCCUGUCGUUGCACCCGCACCAUCAAAGACUCCCACUGGUACCAAGCCCAAGCCAGCCGCUCUUAAGCUCGAGACCAACAAGUCCGUUGAGCCCGCGCAGCCAACUGCUGGUAUGCAGGCGCUCAAGACCGCACGUUUCCUCGAGGUUCGUGCUGAGGUUCAGUACCCUCAGGGUGUUGCUAGCCCCAACCCCGCUCUUAACAACAGCAACAGGAGCAAGGGACGCCAGUACGACAAGGACUUCCUCUUGCAAUUCCAAGAUGUCUUCAAGGAGAAGCCUUCGGUUGACUGGGACAUGAAACUCAAGGAGACUGUCGGUGACGAGCCUCAAUCAGCUCGCGGCCCCCCGUCUGCUCGAGUCGGUUCUAUGGGUCCCCGUCAAGGAUCUCGCGGAGGUGCUGCCGGCGGCGGCAUGGGCAAUUUUGGAGCACCUGGUUCGUUCCCGCCAGGAGGGCGCACACUCCCGCCAGGUACGACAUCCGAAGAGCGCUUCAAGCAAGCCCAAGCUGGACGUAGCUCCUCUAUGACGAACCCCCUUGCUCAUGUCGUUCUAGGUGGAGGUCGUGGCGGUUUCCCUAUGGGUGGCGCUCCUGCUAUGGGAGGACGCAACAACUCCUACCAGAGCGCCCACCGCGUACCCGAUUCUCCUCGCGUUGGCAGCUCUCGUGGUAAGGGCGCCGGCGGCAGCCAUCGCGGUCGCGGCGGCCAGGGCGGCGGUCAGGACGCCAAGGCAAUGCCACUGACCGCUGGUAAGGAAAUCGAGGGACUUAAGCGUUCGCAGACUGGUUGGGUACCUACUUCGCUCACUCAGCCUCAGGCUGUCCAGGCUCAAAUGAGUGCAGGCCACUUGGCUCCCGAUAUGGUACAGCGUAAGGUCAAGGCUGCUCUCAACAAGAUGACACCCGACAAGUUUGACAAGAUUUCCGACCAAAUCCUCGAGAUCGCUGGACAGUCCAAGGACGAGACUGAUGGACGCACCCUUCGCCAGGUCAUUCAGCUCACUUUCGAGAAGGCUUGCGACGAGUCUCAUUGGUCUUCUAUGUACGCCAAGUUUUGUAGCCGCAUGUUGCAGACUAUGAGCACCGAGAUCAAAGACGAGAACGUCCGCGACAAGCAUGGCAACCCCGUCGUUGGUGGCGCUCUCUUCCGCAAGUACCUCCUGAACCGUUGUCAGGAAGAGUUCGAGCGUGGUUGGGAGGUCAACCUGCCCGAGGCGCCAGAGGGCGAGAAGGAAGCCAAGCUUCUGUCAGACGAGUACUACAUCGCCGCUGCUGCCAAGCGUAAGGGUCUCGGUCUUAUUCAGUUCAUCGGAGAGCUGUACAAGCUGGGCAUGUUGACCCUCCGUAUCAUGCACGAGUGUGUGCUCAAGCUUCUCGACUUUGAGGGCCUUCCCGAUGAGGCUGCUAUUGAGUCUUUGGUCAAGCUCCUCCGCACUGUUGGAGCCACGAUGGAGUCAGCUGAGGCUGGUCCCAAGAUGAUCAACAUGUACUUCGAGCGCAUCGAGAAGGUCAUGAACAUGGAGGGUCUUCCGUCGCGUAUGCACUUCAUGUUGCUCGACACCGUCGACAUGCGCAAGGCUGGCUGGAAGUCCAAGGACAUUCUCAAGGGUCCCAAGACCAUUGCAGAGAUCCAUCAAGAAGCCAUGGCGGCUCAGCAGGCCGCCGAGAUGGAGCGUACACGAUCAAACCAGCGCGGUGGUGGUGGUCGUCUUCCCAUGGGUCGCGGCGACGCUCGCUCGUUCUCAGGUGGUGGCAUGCAGCCUCCUCCAGACACUGGCAGCCGUGUACAGAUGGACGACCUCCGCAAGCUCUCCAAGGGUGCUUCUGGACGCAACCUCAACAACCAGUCCCUUGGCCCGUCCAUGCUCGGUAGCCGCAGUGGUAGCGGCCGUCGCGGUCUUGGCCCCGGCAUGAUGGGCGGUCGUGAAGACUCCAACGCCUCCUCGCGCACUGGCACACCACCAGUCAAGAAGCAGGAAACUGCCCACGCGAACGCUUUCGAUGCGCUUGCAGCUCUUAGCAACGAAGACGCCGGCGAGGCUGGCUCUGCAUCCAACGCGGCAGACGAAUCUGCAGCCGACACGGAGGCCAAGCCUUCCGAGUGA